GCUCAGAGUGGGCUGAGAGGCACCACAGCUCUCUCUGGAGAUGGUGUGCUAAGAAGGAACCACAGAAGUUCACAAAGAAGAUAAUUUUUCUUGGAUGAGAAGCGUGAACAGGAGCGUUGUUUGUCACCUUCAGCCAGAAUGUUGUCUCACAUCUGCCUGACCUGGCUUCUCCUGGUGCUGCUCACAGGCUCCACAGUAUCAGAAUCAAUUGUGAUAGGAGAGGUGGGGCAGGACAUCACUGUGCCCUGCCGCUACAGUGUCUGGAACAGAGACAGCAUCACAUCCAUGUGCUGGGGCCGGGGCAGCUGCCCCAAUUCAAAAUGUUCCCAGCCCAUUAUCUGGACAGAUGGCUGGAGGGUGACAGAGCAGCACAGCAGCAGGUACCAGCUGAAAGGGGACCUGCACAGCGGGGACGUGUCCCUGACAAUCGUGAACGCCAGGGAAUCAGACUCUGGGACCUACUGCUGCCGUGUGGAGAUCCCAGGGUGGUUCAAUGAUCAACUGAUUAAUCACAAAGUUGUGGUGAGGAAAGCAAGGAUCUCUACUGCAAGUCCUCACACUUACACCUCUGAACAGACCUCAGGUCCUGGCAGCACCAGGGAAUCCUCCUUCACUGUCACAAGGACCUGGCCACCGGUUUCUGCUUCAGAAGCUCCUCAGACUGCCUCUACUCCCUGCUCAGGCCCCUCAGACUGCCUGGAUGUGGCUGCAAACCUGCAGAACACGUCUGUGGCACUUCCCAGAGAGCAGCACCCAGAGCAUGGGCUCUACAUUGGGAUUGGCUCAUGUGCAGCACUGCUGCUCAUCCUGAUUCUGGCUCUGCUCCUCUCUAAACGAUAUUUUUACAACAUCAAGAAGAUGGGUGGUUCUGCAGGCCUUGUUGCAUUUCAGAGGCCACGAGGUAUGGGAAGCCAUAGUGCCCUGGAAGAGGAGAAUCCUGCCGAAGAAAAUGUUUAUAUCAUGGACUCAUGUCAGAUCUGGAAAUGGAGAAAUGAGACUGCAGUGAGACUCACUCAGGCUCAGGAAAGGAUAAGAUCUGGUUUUCCGACUCUUCCACUCACUGCCCGGGUGUCUCCAUCAGCCAGAAUGUCCCAUUUUGUGCUGUUUUACUGGAUGGUGAUACAGAUCUUUAUAGCCCCCACGGUGUGUGACAGGGUGGUCAGAGGGACACAGGGACAGCCUGUGACCCUGCCCUGCUCCUACCAUGUGGCACGGCGCAAGGACAUCUCCGACGUGUGCUGGGGCAGAGGCCGCUGCCCCAACUCCAAGUGCUCCAACACAAUCCUGGUCACCAGUGGCCCCAAGGUGACGUUCAGGGUGUCUCAGAGGUACAGCCUGCGCGGGUAUGUUGACUAUGGAGACGUGUCCCUCACCAUUGGGGCGGCCCAGGCGCAGGAUGCGGGCCUGUACUGCUGCCGCGUGGAGAUCCCCGGCCUCUUCAACGACAUCAAGCGCAACAUCCGGCUGCUGGUGGCCAGAGCCCCUCCAGUGACCACCAGCACCACCACCACCAGCACCACCACCACAGAAGCUCCCGUUUUCUUCAAAUAUUUUACAGAAACAACUUCUGCUCCUCAAGCCACCUCUGAUCUCCAGACAACACCAGAGACCACAGUGCUGCUGACAACCAGCCCCCUUCCACCAGCAACCACAGCCCCCCAGUCUCCAGCAGUAACUACAGGGGACACCUCUGCUCCCCCAACCAUUGCUGUUGGGACAGAAAAUGAUAUUUUUACUGAGACUGUGAUGGAAACGAGUGCUCCCCCAGAUAUUCCAACCACUUCCCAAGCAGCUGAUGUGACACCUGAAGAUGACAUGUUCUGCUCCACGCUCCCUGGAAGCACAGAGGUGACCACUGAAUUGCCAGAUACACUUCCAGCUGCAGAGGAAACCUCCACCUCUGUCCUGAUGGAAGAGCUGUCAGUCAGGGAGCUUUCAGCAAAUUCAGAUGGCAAUGCUGGGAAAUAUGAAGAUAGAGGAGAUGAGGCAAAACUUCCUUUUCCCAGCUCUGCCAUUGUCAUUGCCUGUGUCGUAGCGGGGUCCAUCCUUCUGGGCUUGUUGGUUUGGAAACGUAAACAGACAAAGAAGUUUAUAGUAAAAAGUGUUGGACCACCAGAAGAGACUGACAAAGCUUUCAGUGGUGCUGAAGGAGAAAACAACAUUUUUUCCCUGUGAAGAGCUCCUACAUCACCUGCAGAUGCCAUGGGAAAUAAAAAGGGCCUGAUCCAUGCUGCACUGAGAGAUACUUGUGAGCCCUCAAAAUAUCAGCGGGUAAAAAACAAAGGCCAAAGCUUCAACCAUGAAA